GGCCUCCGCAACGGCCGCCUCUGCUGCGCGCGCGCAACCCACCGCGCUUCGAACCAUUCCAUAUUCGAAAUUCGAAAACGAUCAACGCGCGUGAUUUGAUUCGUUGACUCUGAUCCAACGGUCGCUCUCUCAGUCCACAUUUUACGCCGCGAGACAACCACCGACCAUGCAAAGGAAAUUAAAUGUCCGAGUGCAGAUAUUGUGUUAAAUUAAGAUAAAAAAAUAACAAAAACAAAAAUGGGAAGCGGAAAGUUUGGCUUCAACAUGAAGAAAGACAAAGUGAUUGAAACAAGUGACACAGUGAAGACUGAUAGUGUUAAGGACAAAUUCCACAAGCUACAGAAGAAACUCAAGAAGACUGAAAAGAAAAAGACUGAAACAGUGAAGGAGAAGAAGAUUUGGUGGAACCAAUGCAGCAGCUUAAGCGAGAUCGACAACUACCUAUGGAUGGUGGGCGGGUCGGCGGGCGCGCUGGCGCUCACGGGCGUGGCAGCCGCGUCGGCCUUCUACCUCAGCACCAGGCCCAAGCCCGAGAAGCCGCUGGUGACGCUGCACGAGCAGAGCCUUCUUGAACCGGGUCCAGAGAUGGUACGCGUAUCAAAAUUCUACAAAGAAGCAAAAAAUGGAAAGUACCUGAAAUAUCUCCACGAUGACACACGCACACUUUAUGAAAGCUUCCGUCGAGGUGUCAGAGAAUCAAAACCACAUAACGGCCCGUGCCUCGGCUGGCGGGAGGGGCCGAACAAGCCGUACGUGUGGCAGAACUACAACGAGACCCUGCUCCGGGCCAAGAACUUCGGGUCAGGACUCAUCUGUCUCGGCCUGCAUCCCGGACAGAACACUUUUAUAGGUAUAUAUUCACAAAAUUGUCCAGAAUGGAUAAUGACAGAGCAGGCUGCUUACUGUUAUUCCAUGGUCAUCGUGCCACUGUACGACACGCUGGGAGCCAACGCAUGUGCCUUUAUUGUUAAUCAGACUGAAAUGUCAGUAGUAGUAUGCGAAGACGACAAGAAAGCCAACCUGCUGCUGGACCAAUCCCCGCGGUGCCUGCGCAAGCUGAUCACCAUCAAGGAGGUGUCCCCGUCGACCCACCAGCGGGCCAAGAGCCGCGGCGUCGACAUCAUCAAGUUCAGUGAUGUAGAGGUGCUGGGCGCGCAGAAGGAUCAUCCUUGUGUGCCCCCACGCCCUGAGAGCGUAUGCACCGUAUGCUACACGUCCGGCACGACCGGCAUGCCCAAGGGCGUGAUGUUGACGCACGAGAACGUGGUCGCGUCUUUAUGCAGCGUCAUCAUGCAGCUGGGAGAACACCGGCCCUCGAAGCAUGAUGUGAUGAUCUCGUUCCUACCUCUUGCGCAUAUGCUUGAGAGGUGCUGUGAGAACGCCCUCUACAUGGUGGGUGGAGCUGUCGGCUUCUACAGCGGCGACAUCCGCCGCCUGGCCGAUGACCUCAACGCUCUCAAGCCCACCAUGAUGCCGGCCGUCCCUCGCCUGCUGAACCGGCUGUUCGACCGAGCCCAGGCUGAGAUCUCCGGGUCCAAGAUCAAGAAGCUCAUGUUUAAUAUGGCUCUGUCGGCGAAGGAGUCUGAGUUGAAGAGAGGCAUAAUCCGGAGCGACUCUGUGUGGGACAAGCUGGUGUUCCGCAAGGUGCGCGAGGGCAUGGGCGGGCGCCUGCGCAUCAUGGUGGUGGGGUCGGCGCCGCUCGCCGGCAACGUGCUCACCUUCGCGCGCGCAGCACUCGGCUGUCUGAUCGUGGAGGGCUACGGCCAGACGGAGUGCACGGCGCCGGUGACGCUGACGGUGCAGGGCGACCACGUGCCGGAGCAUGUCGGGCCUCCCGUCGCUUGUUGUAAAGUGAAACUAGUGGACGUGCCCGAGAUGGAGUACUACGCGGCGCAAGGUCAGGGCGAGGUGUGCGUGCAAGGCGCCAACGUGUUCAAGGGCUACUUCAAGGAGCCCGACAAGACGCAGGAAGUCAUCGACAACGACGGCUGGCACCACACCGGCGAUAUCGGCAAAUGGCUGCCGAACGGAACACUCAAGAUCAUCGACAGAAGAAAACACAUUUUCAAGCUCUCGCAAGGCGAGUACAUAGUUCCAGAGAAAAUAGAAAACAUUUACAUAAGAAGUCAAUAUGUCGAACAGGUGUUUGUCCAUGGCGAAUCGCUGAAGUCGUGCAUAGUAGCGGUGGUGGUGCCCGACGUGGACGUGGUGAAGUGCUGGGCGCUCGAGCACGGCAUCAAGGGCACCCUCUCCGCCCUGUGCGAGAACCCCAAGGUCAAGAGCCUCAUCAUGGAGGACAUGAUGCAGUGGGGCAAGACCGCCGGGUUGAAGACUUUCGAACAGGUGAAGGACAUCUAUCUACACCCGGACCCAUUCUCCGUACAGAACGGACUUCUAACACCGACCCUGAAGGCGAAACGACCAGAGAUCAGGAACUACUUCAAACCACAAAUAGAGGACAUGUACAAGCAACUCGAAUAACAAUAGCAUACUUGAUUUAUGAUGCACAUUAAAUGCAAUGGACCCUGAUCACGCUGCAAGCACUUCUAGUUCUGAACUUGUUGUGGGGAAACCAGAAUAUCUAGUUAAGAAACAUGGUAAGCAAAACAUGGUUAUAACUUAUCCAUCUAGGAAAAUUUGUAGGAUAUGCUGUUUGGUGGAACUCGAAAUGUUGAGCGGUUAUUACAUUAAAUAAUGGUCUAGGACCAAGAUAUUAUGUUAAAGUGUGUCGGAAUUUCGGAAGUGAAGUUCAUUGCAUGAAAUGUUGUUAAUUGUAUAAUACGAUUAAUACGAUAUACUUUAGUUUUUAAAGUUAUUUAAGCUCCAAAAGCAAGAGCUAUACAGUUAUGAAGAGGCUGCUGAUAUACCUAUGUAAAAGUAUAAGAUCUUAUGCUGUUAAAACUACCUGAUUAACAAGUUACUCAUUUAAAGUGAUGACAAAAUCAUUGAAAGAGAUUUAAAUGUUAACACCGCAUUGAAAAGUAACCAUGUAAUUACGUACCUUUGUGUACCGGUUGAUUUAACUACUGAAAAAACAGCUUUCAGUAUGUUAGAUUUACUUAGGUAUAAACUUAAAUUAUCUACACAUAAAAUCGUUUUUAUAAGCAUGACAAUAGGUGCAUUAGUUAAUAAUAUGAUCACCUACACAUAAUUAUUUUAUAACAUGCACGUUUUGCAAAUGAUGCAUUUUCGUUUGUUGCUAAGAACGAAACAACUACAUAACCAUCAUAUUAUAAGGAUAAAUGCGGACAAAACGAUUAGAUUCAACUAACAUAGAGGCAAACUAUUCAAAACUAGCAUAAAUGCUUGUAAAUAAAACUGUAAUAUUCACUAGCAAUAAAAUACUAAGGUAAAUUAUGAGUCAAUUAUUGAUAAAGCUUUUGAUUUACUUUAGCAACACAGUUUUGUUAUAAUUAUUGUGAAUGGGAGUGAAAAUUAUUAUCGUACCCGUAUCUUUAAUCUACUCACUAAGCGUCUCUAAAAAUAACAUUCUUAUCUGUAAAUUAUUAACCCACAAGGGCACGCAAGCUUUGAUUCAUAAUCUUGAAACUCUUUUUACGUCCAAAAAUAUAAUUAUAUUUAUAGACUAGUCCUUCGAACCCCAUUGCUUUAAUCUUGCCGAUUCAAAUAAACUGAAAUUCAUGUACACUUUACGAAUCAUUUCAAACUCAGAGUACAUUAAAAUCUGAUUACUUUUUCCGCUAAAGAUAUGUGAACUAUUUAUUUGGAGUCCUAUUAUUAUUAUAUGGAUAGAAGGAUAAGUGUAUGAAUCACUAAGUAGGUCCAGAAGAAAGUUUUAAUUGCUAACAAUAAAUUAUUAGAAUAAAUGUUAAGCAAUACUUUUUGAGGUAGUUUGAUGAAAGUAGGUAAACCUAACCCAAAUUUAAUAGAUGAAAAUUUCAAUUAACACGGAGGUGCAUGAAGGCUUUGGGUAGUGGCUGAUCGUUUCAUAGAACAUAACAAAUUACAUAAGUAAAUAGUUUUAGCAUAACGUGAAAAUAUAUUCUCUACGCAGCCGUGCCUUCUGUAACUAAGGACGAUUUGUAAAAUACUACACGGUGUCUAAAUUAAGAAUUUCAUGAUUCAAUUUAGAGAUUUUGCGAAUCUGCUUCAAGGCUUUAUACGAUCAUCAAAUUCUUAAGUCAGAUAUCGUCCAGUUUUUUUUUAGUUAAUAGGCAAAGUUUGACGGAAUGUAAGUUUAUUUUAUAUUUAGUGAAGAAAAUACCUGCUGACUGUAUUUUCUUUUCUAUUAUGCGUUUGCUGUGUGCGACUGAGUUUUAAAUGCAGUAUACUAUUAGAAGGUGAAUCUCCGUUUAUGUUAGUUUUUUUUAAAGUAUGAGUUGAUGUGUGAUUAUAACUUACUACUCUAGUUGGCUAAUAUCGGUUUUAUCUGAAAAUUAAGUUUCUUGGACCUCUAGUUCAUCUGUCUUUCCAUAACGGGUUGUAAAGCCGAUUUGUGGGAAAUUCUUGCUAAGACCGAUGUUAGUUAAUUCGAAAUAAUAUAACUACUAAGUAUAGUUAUUUGGACAAUCUAAUAUUAAUUUGUACUUUUCAUCCUAUCGCACCGUAUUUUUUUAUUCUAUGUAGACAAUAUUCAUGCUUUGGGCGAUUGUAACGAUACCGAGUUUGUGUUGUUCAAACCAAAAUUUUGUUGUUAUUGGUGCAAAUUGUACUAUAAUAAUUUAUUUUUAAAUAAAAAUGCGAAAAUUA